GAGAGAAUCUUUAUGUGCAGCUCCCAUCCUCAGCCUUCUGAAGCUCGUCCUUAUGAAGAAGCAACUGCACAGAAAUGCUGGCCGCUGCCAGCCAAUCCACUCUGGCCACAGGGAAGUCAAGGCCAAGUGACCUGUAUCUUUAUCCCUGCGAUCUAGGCAGGAAACAGUCUAAAGCCUUUAGCACAAUGAGUGGGAAACCUUUCUGGCAUUCAAGGAAAGUCGUAGCAAGAGGCAUAGGUUCCCUCAUAGCUUAUUUUGCCCCAUCCAUAUCUUGCCAAAUGAGUCUCCACUGUAACAUGGCCUAGAGGUAGAAGCUAGCUUUCUGGUGAAGCACCCAAAAUAUGUCUAUUAGAUUCAUUGAACUUAGCUGUAGCUUUUUUACUCACAUUUUGAUGUACCCCCUUUCCAGUUAUCCUCCUUCCCCUUUCUUGACAAAAAUAAAUAUAAAUUAUAGAAUUCUAUUUUCCCCCAGGGAGGCUUGGAGCAAAGAUUCUGGCCUGCGAUUCCCUGUGUUUUGUGUGUCUUUAAUACUACAAUCUUCUGGUUCGGUUCUUUUCAUGGGAGCUAAUGGCGGGUGUUCCCAGGACUCCGUGAGAGGGUUUCCCACUCGCUGGGCACACUGGACAUGGGAAGGCUUUCUCUCCCCUGUUUCUGUCCUAUACCAUGAAGAGAAUUGCAGCCCCACCCUUCCAGGUUGCAAAAGUGAGUCUAUGGGGGGAAUUAACAUUGGGACACAGCCUAAAUGGAAAGCUCUCAAGAUAUUUAAAAAUAUUUCAUUUUCUCCACUCCCAGUAGAGGUUGAGAUUGGCAAAUGUGUCUUCAUGGAUAUAGAAAACAUGGAAUAUCCCCGCCCCUCAUUAAAAAGCUAUUGAGGGGAGUCAGUUGCUGUGUAUAGGGGAGGGGUGUGUUGGGCCAGGGGGUGAUUUCUUUUUGAGAAAAUACACUGCGCAGGUCAGCCCGGUAAACAGAAAUGAGAGGAGAUGCGAAGGAUGCAGGGGGUGUGUUAUUAGGAUACUGCAGUGUGGUUGGGGUGGGGGUGGGGGCGUGCGUGUGGAUGUGAGAAAGCAAGAGGCGCGCUAGGAGAGCGCGGGAAAGAUUGCUGGGGAGGCAAAUGUACACAUCAUUCCCCAGCAUCCAGGCUUGCUGCAGCCCCUGGCUGGGUAAGGGGUGUGAUGUGAGAGUGGGGUGGGAGGGGGCAGCAGGCGGGGCCUGCCACGUCACUUGGAGAGUGUUGGGGAGGAAGGGCAGAGCGGAGAGCUGAGACUACUGCUGUUGCUGCUGCUGCUGCUGCUGCUGCUGUUGCUGCUGCUGUUGCUGCUGCUGCUGUCGCUGCUACGGGUGUAGCCAAGGCUUGAAGCGGUGGGAGGUGGGUCCCUGCGCUCCGGCGCUGGGGCAGCCCCAGGGCAGUCCUGAGGCCUGUGGAUCAGCUCCUGGGAAGAAGGUGGAGGUUGGAACCGCGACCUUGGCCAGACCUAGUUCGGUGGUGGACGUAGGGCGGAGGCGGAGGCCGAGCCCGGGCAGGAGUCUUUGGUGAGCCGGAGGGAGGCGCAUCUGGCGCUUUGGUACCAGCGGCAACCCAGGGUCUUGUAAGGCUGGAAAAGAACAGCGGGACCUGGACAGAGACAGUAGGUCUGGAGGGCGGACCCGUGGGUCCCCGAGCCCAGCUUCAGUCACCAGCAGGAGCUAAGCCACGCGUCUUUUCCGGCAGCCAGUUUCACGCGUGCGACAGUUUGCGGGUUCCAGGCAUCCCAGUAAUCUUGAGCACCGAGGCGCGGCUAUUGGGAACCAGAGUCACAUCCUAGACCUAGCCUGGCAGAGGGACCAGCUGCAGGUUUCACCGACCUAACCGCCAGGUCAGAGCGCGGGCCCCACCCUAAAGGAGGGCGCAGCCAGAGCUGGGAAGCUGGUGCCGCGCUCCGGAGCUCGUGUCGUGGGCGCCGUCCUAGUGGCAGGGAGCGCACUGCCAAGGGGACAUGAGAUCGGAGAAAUCCCUGACGCUGGCGGCGCCGGGGGAGGUCCGUGGGCCGGAGGGGGAGCAACAGGAUGCCGGAGACUUCCCGGAGGCCGCGGGCGGCGGCGGCUGCUGUAGUAGCGAGAGGCUGGUGAUCAACAUCUCCGGGCUGCGCUUUGAGACGCAGCUGCGCACCCUGUCCCUGUUCCCUGACACGCUUCUGGGAGACCCUGGCCGCAGAGUCCGUUUCUUCGACCCCCUGAGGAACGAGUACUUCUUUGACCGCAACCGACCCAGCUUCGAUGCUAUUCUCUACUACUAUCAAUCCGGGGGCCGCCUGCGUAGGCCGGUCAACGUUCCCCUGGACAUCUUUAUGGAAGAGAUCCGCUUCUAUCAGUUGGGGGACGAAGCUCUGGCGGCCUUCCGGGAAGAUGAGGGCUGCCUGCCCGAAGGUGGCGAGGAUGAGAAACCACUCCCCUCCCAGCCCUUCCAGCGCCAGGUCUGGCUCCUCUUUGAGUACCCGGAGAGUUCUGGGCCCGCCCGAGGCAUUGCCAUCGUCUCCGUGUUGGUCAUUCUCAUCUCGAUCGUCAUCUUUUGCCUGGAGACCUUGCCCCAAUUCCGUGCAGAUGGGCGUGGUGGAAGCAACGAGGGUAGUGGGACUCGCUUGUCCCCGGCCUCCAGGGGGAGCCACGAGGAAGAAGAGGAGGAUGAGGAUUCCUAUGCAUUUCCUGGUGGCAUUCCUCCUGGAGGGGUGGGGACCGGGGCAACGUCCUCAUUCAGUACUCUUGGGGGUUCCUUCUUCACUGAUCCCUUCUUUCUGGUGGAAACUUUGUGUAUCGUCUGGUUCACCUUUGAGCUCCUGGUGCGCUUUUCUGCCUGUCCCAGCAAGGCAGCCUUCUUUCGCAAUAUCAUGAACAUCAUUGACUUGGUGGCCAUCUUCCCCUACUUUAUCACCCUGGGCACUGAGCUAGUGCAACGACACGAGCAGUCUGUGAGUGGUGGCAGUGGCCAAAACGGGCAGCAGGCCAUGUCCCUAGCCAUCCUCAGGGUGAUCCGCCUGGUCCGGGUGUUCCGCAUCUUCAAGCUUUCCCGACACUCCAAAGGGCUGCAGAUCCUGGGCAAGACCUUGCAGGCGUCCAUGAGAGAGCUGGGGCUGCUCAUCUUCUUCCUCUUCAUCGGAGUCAUCCUCUUCUCCAGCGCCGUCUACUUCGCAGAGGCGGAUGAUGAUGACUCUCUCUUCCCUAGCAUCCCAGAUGCCUUUUGGUGGGCUGUGGUGACAAUGACCACGGUAGGUUAUGGGGACAUGUACCCCAUGACAGUGGGGGGCAAGAUCGUGGGUUCACUCUGUGCGAUUGCUGGGGUUCUUACCAUUGCACUACCGGUACCAGUUAUUGUCUCCAAUUUCAACUAUUUCUACCACCGAGAGACGGAGCAGGAGGAGCAAGGCCAGUAUACUCACGUCACUUGUGGGCAGCCCACCCCGGACCUGAAGGCAACGGACAAUGGGCUUGGCAAGCCUGACUUUUCCGAGGCUUCACGAGAACGGCGACCUAGCUACCUUCCAACUCCACAUCGAGCUUAUGCGGAGAAAAGAAUGCUCACCGAGGUUUGAC